AUGGCCAACCGAUUAAAACCAACUUUAGAUACAGUUAUCUCCGAGCAACAGAGUGCUUUUAUUCAAAAUCGUUUGCUCACUGAUAAUGCACUAAAUUCAUAUGAAGUUAAUCACUAUAUUCAUCGGAAGAGACAAGGUUUAAUGGGAAUAGCUGGGUUAAAAGUUGAUAUUUCGAAGGCCUAUGAUAGGUUGGAAUUGAGGUUUAUCGAGAAAAUGCUUGUUAAAUUUGAUUUUCCUCAAGUUUGGGUUGACAAGAUUAUGUAUGAAGAUAAUGGUCUUAUACAUGGAUGUCGUAUAGCAAAAGGUGCACUAGCUGUGUCUCACUUGUUGUUUGCAGAUGAUGCAUAUUUCUUUUUUAAAGCAUCACUAACUGAGGCACGUUCAAUGAGAUCAAUUCUGCAGAAAUAUGAAAGCAUAUCAGGCCAGAUGAUUAACUAUAAAAAAUAUAAUAUUAUUUUUAGCCUUAAUACAAAAUUAGAGGAGAUAGCAGCAGUUUGUGAAGUUCUUAACGUACAGGAAGUAGACAAGCCAGGCAAAUAUCUGGGGAUGCCUAUGUCUCUCGGAAGAAGUAAACAAGAGGUUUUUGGGUUCUUAAAAGACAGGGUGCAGCAGAAAAUUAAUGGUUGGACUAUUAAAGAUAUCUCAAAAUCUAGUAAGCUCACACUGCUAGCAUCUGCAACGGACUUAAUCAAUUUGCAGACCAAAUGA